AUGGGGAUUUUCAUUAAGGCUGUGGCCACAAUGGAAUUAGACUAUUUAAUUCAGAGUGAAGGUGGAGAGAAAAAUAAUUUACCAUUGAUUUUUUAUGGAAAUUGUGAGCCGAAUCAGUUUAUUGAUGAUUCUGCUAAACUGGAUGAAAGCGAGAAGCGGAGACGAAUGAAAAUAUCAAAAGCAAAUAAAGGAAAUGUAUCCAUGAACAAAGGCCGGAAACGCAGACCAGAUUUUAUUGAUAUGGGAAAGGAGUUGCAAGACGAGGACGAAUGGCGAGUGCAUCGUCGGCCUUUCCUUCCACGAGAGGAAGAACAGGAUGUGGAAGACCUUGAAAGGUUAAUUAAGAAAAAAUAUGGUCGAUCAGAUCAUUUAAAACACGAGGAGGAGACUACACAGGUUGUGCAACAAGCUCUUUUGCCCUCAGUGAAAGAUCUAAAGCUGUGGACGGUCAAAUGCGCGAAUGGCCAUGAAAGAGAGGUGGCUUUCUGCUUGAUGGAGAAAUGUAUGGAUGUGCAAUCUCAAGGAAUAAAACAACAGAUAAAGUCGGUUAUUACAUUGGAUUAUUUGACGAAUUAUAUAUACAUUGAAGCAGACAAGGAAGCUCAUGUCAAGGAGGCUUGUAAAGGAAUGCAACACAUCUAUUCAAAUACCAAACCGAUGCUUGUACCAAUCAAAGAGAUGACAGAUGUUCUGUCAGUUAAGAGUAAAUCUGUUGAGCUUUCGAAGGAUACAUGGGUGCGUCUGAAACUCGGAACUUAUAAAGGCGAUCUGGCAAAGGUUUUAGAUGUUGAUAAUGUGAGGCAAAGAGUUACAAUAAAGCUUAUCCCAAGGAUCGACCUCAAAGCUUUGGCUAACAAAUUGGAGGGCAACGAGGUCGGGAAGAAGAAGAAGAACUUUGUUCCUCCACCACGGUAUAUGCAUAUCCCCGUUGAGCGAAAGCAGGAUGCAAUUACGGGGGAAUACUUUGAAACUAUUGAUGGGAUGAUGUUCAAAGAUGGCUAUCUUUAUAAAACUGUGUCAAUGAAGUCUAUUAGUUCCCAGAACAUACAACCCAGUUUUGAUGAACUAGAGAAGUUCCGGAAGCCUGGAAAAGAUUCAGAUGGCGAUAUGGCCGGUUUGUCAACCGUGUUUGCAAAUAGAAAAAAGGGCCAUUUUAUGAAAGGAGAUGCGGUAAUCGUCGUCCGUGGUGAUAUCAAGAAUCUGAUGGGAUGGGUUGAGAAGGUUGAGGAAGAGAGUGUCUACAUAAGAUCGAACAUCCCAGGCUUCAAAGAAUUCCUGGCUGUUAAUGAGAAAGAACUCUGCAAAUACUUUAAACCUGGUGACCAUGUGAAGGUAGUCUCAGGUGCUCAGGAAGGAGCUACCGGUAUGGUUGUCAAGGUGGAGGGACAUGUUCUCAUCAUCUCAUCGGACACCACCAAGGAAGGUAUCCGAGUUUUUGCUGAUAUUGUGGUGGAAAGUUCUGAAAUAACUUUCGGUAUUACAAAACUUGGGGAUUAUGUGUUACAUCGUCUAAUGCAAAUGGAUAACUCCAGCUAUGGUGUCAUCAUACGUGUAGAGAUUCCGGAGAGGGCAGAGGUUGUUUGGGUUAAGUCAAGAGAGAUUAGAAAGAAGAUAAAGCGGAAGCGUAGUACCCAAGAUCGCUAUGGUAGCACAGUAUCUUUGAAGGAUGUUGUUAGGAUUCAUGAGGGAGAAGAUUCUAAUAUCUAA